GAAGACGGACGGAGGACUCGCUGGCCGCUGGACCCCGCCGCCUCCCCCUUCUUCCUGCCGCCUGCGUCUGGAGGAUGAGCCCAGCCUUCAGGACCAUGGACGUGGAGCCCCGCACCAAGGGCGUCCUGCUGGAGCCCUUUGUCCACCAGGUCGGGGGGCACUCAUGCGUGCUCCGCUUCAAUGAGACGACCCUAUGCAAGCCCCUGGUUCCGAGGGAGCACCAGUUCUACGAGACCCUCCCAGCUGAGAUGCGCAAAUUCACUCCCCAGUACAAAGGUGUGGUAUCAGUUCGCUUUGAAGAAGAUGAAGACAGGAACUUGUGUUUAAUAGCAUAUCCAUUAAAAGGGGACCACGGAAUUGUGGACAGUGUAGACAAUUCAGACUGUGAACCAAAAAGUAAGCUUCUGAGGUGGACAAACAAAAAACAUCACGUCCUAGAGACAGAAAAGAGCCCCAAGGACUGGGUGAGACAGCACCGGAAAGAGGAGAAGAUGAAAAGCCAUAAGUUAGAAGAAGAAUUUGAGUGGCUAAAGAAAUCUGAAGUCUUGUACUACAGCGUAGAGAAAAAGGGGAAUGUCAGUUCCCAGCUUAAACACUAUAACCCCUGGAGCAUGAAGUGUCACCAGCAACAGUUACAGAGAAUGAAGGAGAAUGCAAAACAUCGGAACCAAUACAAAUUCAUCUUACUGGAAAAUCUGACUUCCCGCUAUGAGGUGCCUUGUGUCCUGGACCUCAAGAUGGGUACCCGCCAGCAUGGUGAUGAUGCUUCAGAGGAGAAGGCAGCCAACCAGAUCCGCAAGUGCCAGCAGAGCACAUCUGCUGUCAUCGGUGUCCGUGUGUGUGGCAUGCAGGUGUACCAGGCAGGGAGUGGGCAGCUUAUGUUCAUGAACAAGUACCACGGACGAAAGCUGUCAGUGCAGGGCUUCAAGGAGGCACUUUUCCAAUUUUUCCACAAUGGUCGGUAUCUGCGCCGUGAACUCCUGGGCCCUGUGCUUAAGAAGCUGGCUGAGCUCAAAGCCAUUUUGGAGCGACAGGAGUCCUACCGCUUCUACUCAAGCUCCCUAUUGGUCAUCUAUGAUGGCAAAGAAUGGCCUGAGGUGGCCCUGGACUCAGAUGCUGAGGACUUGGAGGACCUGUCUGAGGAGUCAGCUGACGAGUCUGCAGGUGCCUAUGCCUACAAGCCCAUUGGCACCAGCUCAGUGGACGUGCGCAUGAUCGACUUUGCACACACCACCUGCAGGCUGUAUGGCGAGGACAGCGUGGUACAUGAGGGCCAGGAUGCUGGCUAUAUCUUCGGGCUCCAGAGCCUCAUAGACAUUGUCACAGAGAUAAGCGAGGAAAGUGGGGAGUGAGUUUGCUGGCUGCACCAGCACCUGAGAGACUCUCUGUGUCCCAGGCACAGCUGUGCUGCGUCGGGGAGGAGGCCAGUAUGGCCAGGCGUUGGCCCCUGCAGCCUGGAGCUGAUGUGCAGAGGCCUCUGUGAGUCCCAGCCUGAGCCAGCCCCAAUCGCGUUCGGAGUCUUUUAUUUAUUUUAACUGUUUCUUCAACAUUCCACAUUUGAUGAUGAAG